AUGCAAGAUGAAAUUGAUGAAGUUUUGCGUCUAAUAGCGCAGCCGAUUAAAUGUAGAAAUAAAUUGAUAUCAGGAGAGAAUAAGUUUGUUUUAAAUUCUAGUUUGCUUUAUAAAUUAAAUAAAAUUUUGGAUAUUGUUGAAAAUGAUUCCGUUGAUAUUAUAUUAACUGAAUCACAAAGGAAAGCCUUAGAAUUAUUUUUAAGAAUUAUAAAUAUUAUCCCAAAACUUGAAGUUUCUCAAAGAUCUGCAGAAUCUUUUGAUAGUGUAAUUGAUCUCAGGAAAUUUAAACGACUAAGAUAUUUAGAAUUAAUUAGAGUUUGUUUAGAUAACACUAUUGGUAUAGAUAAAUUGAAAACCCAGUUGGAGACUUUUAUUUGUAAUAGAAGCACUAAAUAUCUAGAUGUGAUAUUUAAACAAAAAAAACUUCAAUGGGCUGAACUAAAGUGUUUAAAUCUCCGACAUUCUCAACUUAGUGAAAUCAGUCAAGAUUUUUUUAGACAUAUGCCAUGGAUUCAAAAUUUAGAUUUAAGCUAUAAUAAGCUUACUUCUAUUGAUGGUUUACACUCCUUAGACCACUUACAAUGUUUGAAUAUUAGCUUCAAUAAUCUAGAAAGAUGUCCAUCUUUAAGCAAAGAAGUUGAAAAUAAAUUAGAAGUUUUAAUUUUAAGCAAUAACCACAUAACGACGUUAUCAGGCUUUCAGACAUUGACCUCUUUAAAAACUCUUGAUCUAUCUUCAAACUGGAUAUCAAAGAAAUCUGAACUUUUGUUUUUAACAUCUCUGAAAAAUUUAGCUUGCUUCAACAUUUAUGAAAAUCCAAUUAGCUCUUUGAAAUAUCAUCGUAUUUAUGUCUCUGCAUCACUGGCUAAAACUGUAAAUUCUGAUAAAUUUCUUUUAGACCAUCAACAACUUUCAAGUAGGGAGAAAUCUUUAAUUGGUGAGAAGUGGUGCUCUGAUUCCCAAUCAUGUGGCAUUAACCCAAACAGAUCUUCUUCUACUUUGAAUACUUUAAUCACAGAUGAAACUCCUCCAGAACCGAAAAAGGUUAACAAAGGUCAGAGGAGUAAUAAAAAAUUAAGCAAACCCAGAGAGGUGGUUAUCCUUGACAUCUCAGAAGGAUUGCAGAGAGAAACUAAACCUAUCACAACAAAAGAAACAGACUUUAAACCUAUUGAAACUAAUGUUUCUGAAGACAAUUUAAUAACCACCUCUGAUAAAGAAGAUGCAUUGAUGAAGCAAUUGUCUGAAAUUAACAUCGUGAUUGAUGAUCCACAACUGAAUGUAAAUUUAAUGGAUAAAAAUGAAGUUUUUGAAACCGUCCAGGAAAAUAAUUCGGAAACUUCAAAAAUAUUGAUAAGUGCGACUAUUCAUGCCCAUGAUGUCAUUGAAGAAACGGAUCCAACAAUAGAAGGUGAAGAUACUGUGAUUGUAACAAGUUCAGGAAAAAGUAAUGAACUACUUGAGACAAAGCUGGAAGAAAAUCAUGAAAAUAUUACUGAAAGAAUUACAGAACCAGAAGAAUCCUUUGAAAAAUCAACCAUUCUGGACAAUGAAACUGAAUCAUCCAAUGAUAAUUACUCUGAUUCAAAUGCACCAUUAAUUCACAAUGAAAAUGAAAAUAGCAAUACAGCAUACCAGUCUUCAGAUUCUUUAUCUGAAGAUAGUAAUGGAUUUUCAGAUACUGAAGAUGAAGUUUUGUGGCAGGUCCAAAGAAAAGAUAACGUUACAGGAGCAUUUCAUAAUAUCAUUCUUGUUUUACUAGAUGAUGAACUAAAAGAACGCAGUACAUCUAAUCAUCAUGUGAUAGCACAUUGGCCUUUGAGCUCUGUUCAGUCAUGUACUAAGACUAAGUCUGAUCCUGUUAUUGUAGAAAUAGAAUUUGACACCUUAAAGAAAGACAAGCGAUCUAGAACAUACAUAAUGGAAUAUGCUGAUGCUCAGGUUCUUUUGAAAAAAAUGUACAGCAUUCUUGAGACAAGGCCUCUAAGCGAUAUGAACCAAAGAACUUACAAAUGCAUCAAAUGUACAGCUUUGUUUGUCCAUGACAUUCCAAUUCCAAGUGCUUUCAGAGCUAAAGGAUCACUUAUUAGCUGUACAGUUUGCUCCAGCACCUUGGUGGUGGAAGUGGAAGAACCAAGAUUACCUGAACCAAAAAUUACUCCUCUUCCUGUUGUAAGUCAUUCAUCGUCACAAUCCAGUAUUGGUAAGGGUAGCAUUAAGGCGGAAGAGACAGCUUCUAAGGAUUGGAAAACAAAAUGGUCUGCUGCUUCUCUUGAACCUAGCCGAUAUGAAAGGAAAUUUAGUAAUCAAAAAUAUGAAAGUGACAUUGAAGUUAUUAGUAACCCCAGUCAAAGUAGUAUAGAAGUACUUGAUGAACAUAGCAGGAGCACUACACCACGUAGGAAAAUUUCAUUUGAAGAGAAACAGAACUUAAACACUAGUGCACUUCCUCAAUUGGCAACAGUCAUAGAAAUUAAUUCUCAAUUUGCCAAUCUAACUGAAAGCAGUUCUUCAGGCUCAUUAACAGAGAGUGUAAUAACGGCAUAUGAAGCUCUUAAUAUUAAUAGAAAGAGAUUCUCUGAUGAAGAAGUUUUGACUGAGGAAGAAAGCUCUCCAGAUUCUGAGCCUCAUCCUCCAGAUACUAUUGAAGAAGUGAUUCCUACAUCAAUUUGGAAAAACGAAAGUGAUGUUUAUUCCUACGUCGAUUUUAUGGAUGUUGAUGCCAGAGUGAAACUGUACCUGUAUCAAAUGCUGUUUGAAGAUGAUAAUGAAGGGCUUUUAAUGAUAGCCAGAUGUCACUUAUGGAAAACUGGAGGUUCGGACUAUGAUGGGUGUGUUGUUAUUUCAAAUUUAAAAAUUUAUUUCUUGUCUCAUUCUCGAACCAAUUUCAAAGAAGAUACUUGCGACUGGCUUUCUAAAUUUGAUUGUUACAAUUUGAAGGAUGUGAAAGAAAUUGCACCUUUACUUUGGCAACAAGGAGCACGAAUACAGAUAAAACAUAUUUGUUAUUUGGCACUAUUGAUGGACAAGAAUAGGAAUCAAAAUUUCUUUAAACAUUUAAUAGGCCUUUCACUGGAAGGAAUCAAAAUACAAAAUAAUUGGAACAAUAGUUCAGAAUUGGCUCUUCAGCAAUCUAUACUUUCUUCAAAUUCUAUUGAUAAAUCUCUGGAUCCUACAGUUAAUUAUUUUACUAUCUGCCUCUCUAUAUCAAUUCUCAAGGAUGAUGUUGAAGAUGAAAUAUUGAGAUUAGGUGCUCUGGUUCUAACAUCUGGUGAAUUUCAUCUCAUACCAGGAGAGUUGUCUUGGCUCGCUGUGCCAUCAGUUCCUUCAGUGGUAUCUUCUCAAGAAAUGUCUAGUCUCAUAGAAGUUGAAAGAAGGCAGCAACUUGUAAAUCUUCAUUUCUUAGAUGAAAAAGCAGCUUUGGAAGAAGUUUGGUCUCUUAAAUGCACUUGUGAUUCUCAGGUAUCUUCUAUAAUCGAUGCAAUACGAUCACCUUGGGAGCAGUUAUUUUCUGUUAAUUUGGAUGUUAAAAAUAUAUCAUAA